UUUUAUGCAAUGUUUAAAAUAAUUUUUACUGGGUAAUAUGCUAACAGAUAUUUCAAUUGAUGGAAAAAGAUUGCAAAGAGUUGUCGUUCCUCAUACACCAGAAAACAAAUUUGAAUUAGAAAACACAGUUGGUUCCACAAUAACAAGCAGUUCUUUUGAAGUGAAAAUCACUGAAAGUUUGAAAAUAAAAGAUCUUAAAUUUGUCGGUGAAUUUCUGGUUAAAGGGAAAGAAAUCUAUAGGGUGAGUGUUCUUCUUUCCUGUGUGGGUGAACAAGGCCCCAAAUUGCAGUUGAUCAAACAAAGUCAACUGUUCACAAUUGUAUCGCGACAUACUUUAAAUGAGGUUGUUCUUAAGAUUGCAUUUGUAGACCUAAAAUACCAGUUACAUGUAUAUGCUCCAAGUGAAAUGUUGAUUUCAACACAUGAUGAUUUUGAACAGGAUUGGGCAAAUGUUUUAAAUGAGACAGACCUGCAAAGAGAAGUUCAAUUAUCUACACAUAAGGAUAAAUGUAGAGUAGAUGGGUGUUUGUACAUUGCUGUAACUUUGAAUGGUUUAUGUAAAGAGCAUGGUAAACAUUUCAAUGAAAGUUCGAUUUCUGAAACAACAUUCAGUGAAGCUGCUAUUAGUGAAAACUUGGAAUUUAAAAACUUGACCCAAAAUACUUUUAAUCAAGAUUACAUUUGCUGCACAGAAGGUUGCAGUAAUGACGCUAUUAGUAAUGAUGUAGGAUUGUGUCAAGAAUGUUUUAAGAAAAAAACUGAACAGUUGUAAAAAUGUAAUUACUUAUACCGUCUCAUGUACAACAUUAUUUUAUUCAGUUUUAUAAAUUAAUAUGUAUUUUUUUAGUUUUGUAUUCAAAUGAAUUAUUGUAUUUUUAGUUUAUUUACUUUUUUAUAAUCUGGAUAUGUUUUUUUAACAGAAUUGUUCUGUUUAGAUACUAACAGUGUCGUUCACAGUGUUUUUAUCCAAUGCUGCUGGAAGUUCACAUUUUUCUUUUCUCAGGAUUGAUUCUGUUUAAAGUUCAAAUAAAGUUUUAAAAAUCAUAAAUA